CCUAAUUUGAACGCUCGAUGACGCGCCGCCGCGUGCACCCGUCGCCAUUUUCAUUGUACAAUUAAAGCAGUGGCCAGACCAGAGGGAAUUUUUUCAUGUCUUUGUUUCCUAGAAAGGAAGGAUGCUGAACCUAGUAGACAUCCUCAGCGGAGCCAAUGGCUUUUGGAAAGGUCUCCGCAGUGAUGAUGACUUCUACGACCGCCUUAGCCACCGUUACACUGCCCUGAUAUUCAUGGUCUUUGCCGUCCUUCUCAGCACCAAACAGUACGUCGGAGACGCCAUUGUCUGCUGGGUGCCUGGCCAUUUCUCUGGCUCUUACACGAAAUAUGCAGACAAUUACUGUUGGAUCAAAAACACGUACUAUAUGCCUUUCCAGGAACGAAUUCCAGACCCAGACCUCCCACGUGCCCAUAUUAACUACUACCAGUGGGUAACGAUUGUACUGCUGCUCCAGUCGCUUUUGUUUUACGUUCCAACGAUAUUUUGGCGUCUCAUGAGUGGCAGUACUGGCAUUGAUGCCCAUUUAAUGGUCCAGUCUCUAAACACACAAGCCAAUCUUAACCCAGAGAAUCGAAAAGGGGUCAUGAAAUUCCUUGUCCGUCACAUGGAAAGAUACUGUAAUUCAAGUCGCGACUAUCAGAAAGGUGUAUGGUCCAAUGUCCGCCAAGGCUGCGCAAAGUACUGUCUGGCCAUCGGUAAACGUUACGGCAACUACUUGAUAACUCUUUUCCUAUUCUGCAAGUUCUUGUACGUGACCAACGCCAUCCUGCAGUUGUUCCUUUUAAAUGCUUUCCUUGGAACCGCGUAUCACGUGUACGGGUUUGACGUCAUCUAUGACCUCAUCAACAACCAUGACUGGACCUCUAGCGGGCGUUUCCCCCGCGUCACACUGUGUGAUUUCAAAAUUCGACAGCUUGGUGGAAAUAUUCACCGACACACCGUCCAGUGUGUGUUGCCCAUCAAUUUGUUCAACGAGAAAGUAUACAUCUUCAUAUGGUUUUGGUUGGUGUUUGUCUCAGCGGCCACAGUUUUUGGGUUCUUAACCUGGAUGAGCAUGCUUUUUAAGAAUGAACAAAAGCACUUUAUCCGCAAAAAUCUUAAACUGAUGGACAGACUGAAGGACGGUGACCAUAAAGAAACUUUGAAGAGAUUUAUUUACGACUAUCUCCGCAAAGAUGGAAUUUUCGUGUUGAAGCUAAUUGGACGAAAUUGUAAUGACGUAAUCGUUGCUGAAAUGAUAGCGACACUUUGGGACCAUUUCAAGGCCAAAGUAGAGGGCCCCUUGAAUGAAGAUGAGAGAGAGGAGAAAGUGUGAUUGGACUUUGCCAGUGUUUACACGCAUUUAUCUACUUGAUAUUCACACACACACACACACACACACACACUGUUCUUCCACGAAGUACGCAUUUGAAACUAAAUUGCCUUAUCGUGGAAUGUAAUCAGUUGUGUAAAGCUACUUACACAUUGGUUGUAACUGAGUUUGUCAACAACUUAACUACUCAUUGUUCUCAAACAAUGAAAAAUGUCAGUUAGUAAAUACAUCUGUAUAUUUUGAUUACACGUAUAUUAUGUAUAUUUUUAUCGCGUCUGUCAAUAAGCAAACAGUAAUAUCAUGGUAGUAAGUGCAUGGGAAUAUGUUUUUUGAAUGUAGGUUAUACACAUGUAGGAGCCCAAGAUUCCAGUAACAUUUAUAACUUUACAACCCGUCCACACUACUUUUACCUUUUACUCUGAAAAAUGAUUCUAAAGUGUUUUCUGUUCAUGAGCGAAGUCGAAAUUAGCAAGAUGCAAAUGCAGACUUGAUAUUUCUUCGUUGCUUCCUUUCACACAAACGGCCGAGCCACUCUCAACCCAUUUUUAAAUGUUUUUCUACAUAAAUGUAACUUUUAAAAAAUUAUAAGUAAACACCCUUGCUGUUUUUCAGCAAUAGUGGGUUACCUUAAUUAUUUCAAAACUCUGUACCAGGGACUGGCUAGGUGAUGACCCUAUCUUUGUGCAAAAAUUUCUCGCUGGGCAGUGCGGUAAUUUGCACAGGCAGUGAAUAACCAGAGAAAUAUCUGUGAAUAUAUAUUGAAAACAACACAGGGCAGUAGAAUGUUUGUGCGCACCCUAGCGUAACCUCCGAUGUGUAGCGGUUAGCGCAGUAAGCAGGGCUCCGUAGCUCGAAAGCAUCGCGCAUUGCGACCGAGAGCUAGCGUCUCGAUUCCAUACUCGUCCCAUAUAUUACAUUGUAGCCUCUAUGUGAUAUCGCUAUUCUCAAUACGAGAUGCUUUUCAGUUACGGAGCCCUGAUCAGCAAAUUUUAUUAAGGGAUAGCGUUGGUUCUCGAGCAAGAUGAGGGAGGAUCGGCAGACGUUAAUUUUAGUAGUAUUACCUAACAGUCUCUAGUAUUGGUAUUAAUGUUGUUUUAGUUAACCUGUGCCUAUGUGGGUAAAAAGACUUAUUCAAUAUUCAGCGUCUGUACAUGUAGAUAUAGACAUAGGCUAGAGUAGAUGUUAUGCUAACGAAAUCUAUUUGAAUAAUGCCGAUCGUACAUUAAUUUUUAAUUUUUAUUCUUAAAUCAUUACGAAAAAAGGGGCAUACUAAUGGUAAACUAUUAAGCAAGGCCUUGGUUUUUGAAAGUUGUAUUUCUUAACAUAUUUAUAUUGUUGAAGCUGGUCAAAUAAAGAAUCGCUUAUUGUA